UUUGGGAGAUUAAUGGCCGCCUCCUUCAAUCUUAAGGCAAAUUUGUUGAGGUUUAAUUCAUUUUAGCGUCUCAUUUGACCAAAUCUACAACAUGAGUACAGAUGAGCUGAUACAGAAUGUCAUUGACACAUUGGACACUGCACAUAGUCAGCAGAUGCAGCUGAACCAGCAGCUCGAGUCGCUUGUACAUGCAAAGCAACAGAUAGAGGAGAGUUCCAGCAAUGCUAAGGACAGCGUACGCACCUACUUUGAUUCAGUAAGGGAGUCCCUGUAUUCUGCACUGACCAAGCGUAUGAACCAAUUGUUGGGAGAAGUUGACAGACUGGAAUCUUCCAACCUUCAACCGCUGUUAGAAUGUGAGGACAUGAUCACAACUGCCAUGUCUGCCGCAACAUCAUGCAUGGAAAAAGGUAAGGAAGUGCUAGCCAGUGGACCAGAGGACCAUGUAGACGAUUUGCUCAAGUUUAAGGACUUUGCACUUUCAAAGGAUCUCAACAUAGUUCCAGAGGUACCAAAUCUUUAUGAUGUUGCGUUCUUGGAUGUUGUGUUUCAAGACGGGAUAUCUCGAGAGCUAGGGGAGGUAAUAUCUCAAGUGGGACAUGUGACAGAUCGUCCCUCAGUACACGUCACUGAAGUGGAGGAGAGGCCAGGUGCACUGCUUGUUAAGUGGGAAGAGCUUGAUGACCACAUUGAAGCAGUCCAAUUCCGUCUCCAGUUUUGCUAUGGAGAGGUAAAGGCCAGCCAGGCUCACAGAGCCACAUUCCAGAAUACUUACACAGGACCAAACAUGCACCACCUGGUAAAGAGGUUGAAGGUGAAGCAGCCGUAUUCUUUCCGGGUGAGUUGUCGUGGUGAAAAUGAGGACCAAUGGAGCGUGUGGAGUGUGCCUAGAGUUGCGUCAACAUCCAUCAGUCACUAUGAAUGGGACGACUCUAGUGAGGGGUAUUCCACGAGUAACGAAAGCAAAAUUGCUACUAGGACCACCGGUCUAACCCGGGCUCUAUACUCCAAGACGCAAUGUUAUCGAUCGGGAUAUCCGAUAUCAUUCAAGAUUCUAGACUCCGGGGAAAAAUCACCACUGGAUGGAUUGGGUAUUGCUGUCACGAAUGAUGACAUUAACUCUAUGAAGAGAGAGGGAGCUGUGUUUCUUGCGUGUGAUGGGACUGUGUUCAUAGAUGGGCAGGAGAUGAAAACUCGCCUACCAUGUCUCACUCGGAAUUCUUUGGUAACCAUAGAAACAGAGAUACUGCCCAACGGUAAGGUGAGGGCCAGCGUACAAGUAGGAGACAAGGAACUAACAUUCGACUGGAAAGUUGGGAAGCAGGUCACGCUUGGAAUGAUCGGGGGCCUCGGCAUGUCGCCCCUGACCGAGUCUGCACCUUGUUUCUUCUUUGGAAUGAUGUUUAGUCAUGAGGAUUGGAAAGUCAGUGUGGAAUGAUACAUACGGCAUUUAGGACUUUGAAUGUAGGUUUUAUUGUAAAUUGUGUGUUCAAGUCAUGUUUUGUGCAAUUUUAUGUGUAAUGAAUUCCAGGUUUUUGUUGCUGGUUUUCCCAAUAAAAAUAACAAUGGUAUUGUCAUCCUGUUGGUGUCAUCGUUGUUGUUGUUAUAAACAAAAGUUGUAAUGAAUUCCAUAGGUUUAGUUGCUAUCUCGUCAAGAAAAUUGUUGUUGACAUCAUUGGCAUUGUCUUUGUCAGGCGAAACCAUUUUUGUUUCUACUGUGUUUGUCAACAUAUGCCCCUUUAACGACUGAGAAAAAUGAGAGAGGGCUAGGCUUGGCCUACAGUGUUUUUGUUGUGAUUAAUUAUUUUCAGUGUAUUAAUAUAAAACAUGCGAAAAAAUAUUAAAGGGACCAGACACCGAAUGGUCCCAAAAUUGACAAAUACACUAUGAAACAACUUAGAAUUGUCAAUACAAGCUAUAAUGAGGCCCAUAAUACAUCUCUUUACGCGAUUAAAAAAAUACUUUGUUGCUGUCUUAACUGUGUUUACCUGUUUUAAAACAUCACAUAGUCAUAAGGUUUCCCAGUUUAUAGUGUGUAUAUUUAGCAUGUGUAAGUCAGAAAGUUAGUACAGAUACAAAUACCUACACUAUUUUUAAAUUUACAGUAAAUUACAAAUUGGAAAAAUACAAGUGUCAUUAGCGAUUUUAUAUAUCAAUCAGUAAGAUUCAAUGCGAUGUUCACAAUGAUAGAAAUUUUAUGUAAGGUUUUGACAAUUUCCUUUUUUCCGUGCAAUUGAAUCAUCUGGUGUCUAGUCCCUUUAAAUGGUGCUUAUAUUAGAUUUUGUAUAGGUAGUUUUAUUGCAUUUAAAACUUCAUUGCAUUGUGUUAUAGGACUAUAGGUGUUUUGGGCAGUAUGAGAUGUACCAAGAACUUUCGUUUUAAACUUUGUGUAUAAUAUGUGGCUUGUAUAUAUCCUAGUGCUGUUUAUUGGUAGUCAUAAAGUCAAAUGUUUUAUUGUGUAAUUUAAAACUUUGUCUUAAAGACGUAAUCUACAUAUUCUAAGUCAUAAUAUUUGAGAAUAUUACCGGUAUUAAUCGCCAAAAAAUUACAAUUAACUUAAAAAAUAUAGAAAAUUUUACCGAUAAAUUGACAUUUAUUCUGAACUAUAAUUUUUUAGUAUACACUUUUGUUAUUUGAAGUAUGAUAUAUAAACCUGUAUUGAAUACAAAAAUUUAUAUCAUCUUGAAAUAAUGUUAUAGUAUUAUUUUGAUAUAGCUAGUGUAAUAACUUUUGACAUGACAUCGUAAAUGAAUAACUUUUUUAAAAAAAUGAGCGUACUAAAUGCAAGUUUUUUUAUGUAUUUAGCGCUGAAAAUCAUAAAUGAUUAUAGAUAAUUAAUAUAUAAAUAGAAAAUCACAUUUAAAGUUACUAAAUAUGAAAUUUACUAUUAAACAUUAUUCACCAAAAUAGAUAAAAUCUCGUCAUUUUAAUAAAUUUAAAAAAAAUCUAUGUGUUAAUACAGUUUACAUCGUAUAUUCUAUAUAAAUGUUUGGAAUUCAUGUUAAAUAUCUCAUUUUUCAUUGUCUUUAAACAAUAUCAAAUAUAAGUUAUUACAAGGCAAAAGAAUCUCAAUGUUGUAACUAUUAGAAACGUUUUACCAUAAUGACACAGACAGAAUGUUAGAAUCUGCCUGAUUUUCUGGGGACAGCAAAUUCACUUGUUAGUAUGUUUAAAAACUGAUGGCCAGGUGGAUAUCACAUUCUGUGGUCCAUAGAACUGUAUAUACUCUGUUAUCUUUCUUACUCAUGUUUUUUUUCUUGUCAUUUCAUAUAGUAUAUUUUGUAUGUAUAUUUUUAAUACAUACUUUAAUUGUUUUUCAACUUAUUUUUAUUGUUGGAAAAAAAUCUUAUUAUUUUUAAUUUUGUGGACCAAUUUGUGUUCUAUGUUCGUGUUGUUUAUCAAACAUGAAAAGAUAACUCUGCAAAGCUUUUGACCUUACUAAUAUUUUCAUAAAAUGUUUUGUUCAUAGGUAACUAUGUAAGAUUCUUUAGAUCACAUGAUAAUUUUGUCGUCAAAAAGGAAGAUUUCAUUAAUUUUCAGUAAAAUGUUUGACACUAAAUCAGUAUGGCGAAAUGUCGUCCAUGUCAAGUUACAAUAUUGUAAUAUAAGAAAAUAUGUAAUGGUAUAUUACACUCAAAACAAGCUACACCAUGUGAUAAAUGAUUAUUAUAAUGGAAACGGAAAAUGUAUUAGUCGUUUAAUUGGACAUUAUAUGAAGAAGUUUUGAAAUUAUUUUCCUUGAAAAUAAAUAAAAAUUCUGGGCUUUUCCCUGAAAAACAAAUGAAGGGAUGGGUGGGGAGGGGUUGGGGUGCCCCUUCCGUGUAGUAUUUAUUUAGAACUUUUAAACUGUAAAUAGUGUGUUCUAGUGCUAUCUAAACAUCAAAAUAUGAUUUAUUUCAAGAAUCCCCUGGGCCCUAGUUUACAAAUGGCCUCAAAGUCUUAUUUUGACUCAGACUUAGAAAGCAAAUUUUGUAGAUGAUGAAAACAACCUUUAUAUUUUAUUAUUUUUUCGUAAUUUGUUUUAAUCAUAGGGUAAUUAUUUCAGCACUGAACACUUCUAUUGCUCUACUUGAAAGAACGUUACAAAAAAAGAAAGAUUUGAAGUUUUUUUAUCUUGGUGUUUGAUGGUAAAUGUGAUAAAUUGUAAUCCAUAUCAUGUCAUGAUGUAGUUCUCCUGGUUAAUCUAAGUUUGUGACAAUUUCCUCUGCUGUGAUCAAAAGUGUGAUAUACAAUUUGAAAUUAAUUCUAGCCUCGAGUCAAACUAAAUUGUUUAUAGCAUAUUAUAUGGCAAUUGAUAGGUUAAUGUGUUGAAUAAUUGAUGGAAUCGUGACUAUGAAGAACUGAACUGUGCAUAAAUAUUAUUAACCAGAUGGGCCCUGUGGAAAAGACCAACUCAAAAUAUUCAACAACAGCUACCAAAGUCACUCUAUUGCACCCCAAAAUGGAAUGAAAUAUAAAGAAUUAUGUCUCUCCCCAUCAAUGGGGAGACAUUUUGUUUUUGCUCGAGUUGUGUGUGUCCUUCACAAACAUUGUGCUCCCAUACUUUUUGAACACCUUGAAGGAUUUUUAAUAACUAUCCACAAAUGUACACCAUAUUAAGACAAUGUGCAUAGCGCAUGUUACAACCAGCUUGGUUCAAGGUCAAGGUAACACUUUGACGUUAAAGGUCAUAUGACUAAAAUAUGAUUAUUUUUCAUGACCACUAUAUUUGUCCUGAACCCCUUAAGGGAUUUUGAAAUAACUCCCCAUUAAUUUCCCAAUGUCAAAUGUUGUGGAACUCCAACAACCACAGGGGCAGACAUCUGUUUUUGAUUAAAAAAAAACCAUUCUAGUUACUGUUGAUGUUGUGUUUUUUCUAUGAACAUAGCUAAGUUGUUUUAGCGCUUUCUUGUUAAUGAGUGUGCCGCCAAUAUUGUAUGAUAAUGAAUUUUAGUCAAGAUCACUUAUUGAAUAGAAAGUGCUUUUUGCAAAUUCUGUUGUGACAAAAAAAAUUGUAUUUGAAUUAGUUUAUAUUACAACAUGGAUUUAUCAGUUUGAAAUGCGAUGGUAUGAUACAAUCGUAAUGGCUAUUCCAGUUAAACAUAAAAAUCAUCGCAGGAGCACAGUUUCAAAUUGAACUUGGCCCCUUUAGUAGAUUUAGCAAAAAAAAUGUAUAUGAACCUCCCCCUAUAUUCUUUAUUUUUGCCCGGGGGGGGGGGGGGG